CAAACACCCAGGAACCGUUCAGAAGAGUCGGAAUUUUGCGUUUCUCAGACCAAUUCUCUAUUGCAAUUAAUUAUGGAAGCUAUUGCUGUUUUCUUUAAAGUUACUCUUCCCAGCUACUUCGAGACUCUGCCCAUACCAGAGACAUUUGGAGGCCUUUUGCAAUUAACAGGUGCUGACUGGCUACGCAUGGUGCCCCUCAUCGGGACCCUGGGAGCUGUGAUUGUACUCACUGUGAUGCAGAUCCGCAAGGGAAAGGGCUCUGGUCAAGUCAAUCCAUCUAUCGAGAAGGACAAAGACAAGGUCGUACACUCCUUCGAUAUUGAAGAUCUUGGUGACAAAGCCGCCUUCUGCCGCUGCUGGAGAUCCAAGUCGUUCCCAAAAUGUGAUGGUUCACACAACAUGCACAACAAGCUAACCGGUGACAACGUUGGUCCACUCUGCCUAUCAAGGAAGUCUGCAUCAUCUUAAAUCAGGAGAAUGCCCUCAUCCCCACCUGACGUUUGUUUUUGUUUUAUGUGCACUCAUCAUUCA